CGUCCUGCGCGGGGUUUGCAAGUCUGAGCCGGGCCUGUGUGACCCAGAAGCGCCCUCUUUCUGGGGGCGGGGCUUACGCGUCCCGGCUGUCCUGAGAGUCCUAGUGGCAGAGACCGGCAGCGUGCGGCGGCGAGGUGAGAUCCUGGGUGUCACGGACUAGCAGGCACAGGAGACAUCAGCCUACGAGACUAAGGUGACCCCCAAACUAUGGCUGAUACAAGAAGUUCAGUUGCUGUUAAAGAGUACCCAGAUGCUGAGGUGCAGAAAAACCGAGUGCUGACCCUGGAAGAAUGGCAAGACAAGUGGGUGAGACGUCACAUCUCAUUCCAUCAGGAACAAGGACAUCAGCUAUUAAAGAAGUAUUUGGAUACCUUUCUUGAAGGCGAGAGUGGACUGAGGGUGUUUUUUCCUCUCUGUGGAAAAGCUGUUGAGAUGAAAUGGUUUGCAGACCGUGGCCACAGUGUAGUUGGAGUGGAAAUCAGUGAACUUGGGAUACGGGAAUUUUUUGCAGAACAAAAUAUUUCUUAUUCAGAAGAACCCAUCCCAGAAAUCAGUGGCGCCAAAGUGUUUAAGAGUUCUUCGGGGAACAUUUCAUUGUACUGCUGCAGCAUUUAUGAUCUCCCCAGAGCAAAUAUUGGCAAAUUUGACAGGAUUUGGGAUCGAGGAGCAUUGGUGGCGAUCAAUCCAGGUGACCGUGAAUGCUAUGCAGAUAUAAUGUUGUCCCUACUGAGAAAAGGGUUCCAAUACCUCCUGGCUAUUCUUUCUUAUGAUCCAACAAAGCAUGCAGGCCCACCGUUUUAUGUUACGGAUGCUGAACUUAAAAAGUUAUUUGGUCCAAAAUGCACUAUUCGUUGCCUUGAGGAGACUGAUGCUUUUAAAGAACAACACAGAGAGUGGGGCAUUGACUGCCUUUUUGAAAAAUUGUAUCUCCUUACAGAAAAGUAAAAACAGCAAUUGCCUGUGAGUUUUUGAGCAAUUCAAAAUUAUAUUAAGGCUUGAAAAUAUAAUGACUUUAAUUUUUUUCAUUCUCUAUAGAUUUUUUUUCUUUUUUGCUCAAAAAUGCAUAUAACUUUUUAGAUGGAAUUGAAUACUAAAUGGUUAAACGCAGCUCCUUUGGAGAAGAGCAUGUGAUGGGGGAAAAACAUUAAAUGCCUGUGUCUUUUUUACAUAUUGCGGGAAUUUUUUUAUGCUCAGCCUGUAUUUCUCUAUAAUUAAAAACCAAAAGAAAAAUGUAA